AUGAGCCGCAUCAACGGCAAGGACCCCGACGCCCCGCCCGCCAACGACCUCGCGCGGCCCGUGGCCGACCUCAAGGCGGCGCUGGAGAGGGUGUCCGCCACCAUGGCCGCGUCGGGGAUGGACAUCGGAGCGUCGCCGGCGGCCUCGGGCCCCGCCGCAGCCGCGUCCCACAACGCCGAGAUCCUCGCCUUCCCGCCGAACGACCCCAUGCUGGACGGGCCUCCCUACGUGCUGGCACCGACGGCGGAGACCCCUCUGGCGCUGGGCUCCGCGCCGAGCCACAGCUACAGCCAGGGCCUGGGCGCGCCGCCGCCGAUCCAGGCGCCGCCACUGAGCAAGGACGAGCUGGCCGCCGUGUACCAGGCCGUGGCGGACAAGGGCGUGCAGCUGGACCUCGCCGCCGUCAAGGGCGGCUUCAUCCCCGGCGCGCCCGGCCAGCCCGCGCCGCUCAGCCAGGUGCCCGUGGGCGCCGACCAGUCCGGCUACUACUACUACUUCUUCCCCAUCCGCGACCUGGCCGACAAGAACCCGCAGAACGCCCUGCAGUCCCCGCAGCAGUUGCAGGCGCAGCAGCAGCUGCAGCAGCUCAACGCGGGGCCCUCGGGAGGGGGCGAGAUCGACAAGGAGACCGCCAUGGGCAUCAUGGCGUCGCUGGCCGGGGACCCCAGCGCCCUGAUGCAGGGCAACGACGGCAACAAGUCGGUGGAGCCCCUCUUCAUGGCCAUGUCGGGGUUCAUCGGCAUGACCCUCAUGUUCGUCAUGUCGGUGCUGUUCCUGCCCAAGUGGGGGGCGCUGCGGUCGCGCGGCGUGACGGCGCUCAAGCACGCCCCGGACGAGCUGGCCUCCCUCACCAAGCUGGUCGUCCAGUCCAUCGAGGGCAAGGACUGCAGCGAGCGCAUCGCCUGCGAGGUGGGCCGCGCCGUCAGGACCAUGCACCUGGGCAACAAGCCGCUCAAGGUGCUGGAGAUCAUCCUGCCGCCGCACCUCAGCAAGCAGAUCAGCCACAUCCGGAAGGCGGUGAAGAAGGCCGAGAAGUGCAACUUCAUCCCGUGCAAGUACCCGGCCUGGUACUCGGCCAGCACGGCCAAGCCUCCCUUCACCAUCACCAAGCCCACCAUCUUCAAGCCCACCGUCUUCAAGCCCACCGUGUUCAAGCCCACCGUCUUCAAGCCCAGCAUCUUCAAGCCCGGAAUCUUGAAGCCGCUCAUCGACAAGCUGCCCACCAAGCUGCAGCCCUCCGCCACGUCGCCCAGGCCCAUCGAUGCCCGCAGCACGCCGCGGUCCAGGCCCUUGCCGCAAGUCAAGCUCAUCCUCAGCAAGAACAACGAAAGGCCCAACAACAAUAACAACAACAACGUCAACAAAAGGAAGGGCCCCAAAGCUGGCGCCCCCACCGCGCACCCAGCCAGGGACAGGAGUGCAUCCCCGCUGGAUGAGGAGGUUGCUCCCACCGCCGCCGAAGUCUGAAAAGUUCCCAAAGAAGACGCGUCGCGUCGCCGAACUGCAAUCAUUAAUUUAUUUGAUUAGUACUUUAAGACGUAGUCAUAGAGUGGUUGUGUAGGUCACGUGGAUUAACCAGCUGGCUUGUUUUUUCUUGUGUCAGUGUUCCUGAGCCCAUGGCGCUGCACGGGAUACUGACAUUGACUUCUGAACAGGCCACCUGGUUGAUGGGCCCUAGCGGUGCUUAAAACUCGCGCUGGAGGCUGGAUAACCUUCCAUUUUGGAGGAGAAAGAGUGAAUGUAAUUUAUUUUUGCGUGCUUGUUUUGUGGAAUGCUUGUGAAACUCCGAAGUGGGAUUGUUAUACGAAUAAAUCCGUCCGUAUGAA